GCGGGCCCGCACUGCACGCACCGAAGAGAGCGAAGAAAGGCAGAGAGCGCCUUUUGCGGGGACAGGGUGUGAUGCUUAUCUCUGCUGGCCGAACCACUCGCAAAAAUUAGCGGCUCAAACGACGACAUAUGUCCGCAAGCCGCGGUGUCAACGACCACCACCACCACCACCACCUCAACCACCCGCAGUACCAUCUUAGCCGCCUCACCUACGUCCCCCACCGUCCCGAAACGAGACAUCAUUCUUCCCCAUACCUUCCUGCACUCGUACAGUUACCAGCACCACCUACUCGCGCCCCGCUACAACCCGGCCGCCGUGUCCACGGAUGCGUCGGACGCGGCCCGCGGCCUCGCCCGAGUAGGUAGUACGCGGAGACGCAACUCGCAACGCCGCGGCCUUCUGCGCAGACAAAGGUCGGUGGCGUUUCGUGCUGGCUCCGUCAGCGGGUCUGCGGUUGCGACCGCCUCCUCCGCACCUGCUGCCUCCGCCGCCGAACAUGAGAUGGGGUUGCCCUCACCCCGACUGCACCACUACAGAACUAUGACAGCGAUAUGCUUCGUGUGCAAUCUACCAAUUUUGAGCCACCAGGUCGGCCUGGUGUGGCAAGGAGGCAACGGAUGGGACGACCUGAUGCGCGAGCAGGUCGAGGAGAGCACCCUGCGCCAGAGGCUGGGGAGGCGCGACUCGGCCGCUCAAAUCACCAGCAUUUCACCCCCUACCGAGACCAGGGAAACCUCACCCCCUGUCUGCAGACGGCGAAGAUCAUCGUUGGCGCAGCUGACCGACAUCCUUCGUGAAUGGGGCAGUGGCGUCGGAGUUGGCUUAGGCAAGAGUGACCUGGGCACAGGGUCGACGCGGCGCCGCAGCACCAAAGAGCUGUCGCGGCGCGACACCCUGGUUGACCUGGCGCGCAGCCUGCCCUGGGGCCGCUCAACCGAUUCCUCCUCCACCAACGCCUCCACCAAGAUGCGCAAACGCCGAGAGUCAACCAUCGACUCGACCAAGAGUGCAUCCAGCCGGAGCCGCCGCUCUUCCGCUAGUGGCGGCGCCGACUUCCGGACGGACAUCGCCCGUUUCUGGGGCCGCCGAGACUCGUCGCGGCGACGGCAGCGCUCGUCGAGGCAGUCGGAACCACCGCCUGAGCAGCGCCGCGGAUCCGAAGAGUCCACCUCGGACGGACGCAGCCGCAAAGAUUCGGUGCCGCAGUUGCGUAGCAGCAGGCGUGGGUCAAGGGUCAGCGCGGCCACCUCACCAGACCCCAGCAGCAAGUACUACAGCCCUUUGUCAAGUGACUGCAGAGAGGGUCAACGUCCUUCAACAUCUUCGACGGCAUCCGACAGCGCACCAGGUGGUCUGGGCACUCCUAAGCCGAACGUGGACCUGUCGUCGUCAAGCAGCGACAACGCCGCGGCGCCACAACCCAUCCACUUUCCGCUAAGUGGCCCUGCCCUCUUCGUCCAGCAGCCGUCGACGACGACAUGUCCCGGCCUGACCGUGCCUGGGCCGCUGCCCAUCCUGCCCACAACUGUGGUCACCGCCACAACUCCUCCGCCCACCUCGCCUGUAAACACCACCACUACCGGAACCGGCACUUCCACUGAUACACCACACCUUGCAACUAGAAAAGACUCAACCACCCAGAUAUACUAUAAAGGUCGCCGUGACUCGCGGACGCAAAUCUCCCCUGAAGGUCGAAGCGGCACCAGUAAAGAGGCCUCCCCAAAAUUUCCCCGUCUUCCGCGCCAGUCGACGGCCAUCGACGACUCUCUUCCCGUCAACUACGGCCGACGCGGUUCGCAACCGUCGCUGUCUCCUGAGCAGAGCGACGAGAGCGGCAGAAAAGCGCGCCGCGACUCCUUAAGUCCCGAUUCGGCCGCCAAGGACGGAUUCGGCAACAUGGCGCACAAGGGUCGCAGAGACUCAAAAUCUCACCUGUCGCCUGAGAGAAGAAAACGCAGAGAUUCAAAAACGCAUCUGUCGCCUGAGCGAAGAGGACGGAGGGACUCGAAAACGCACCUUUCACCUGAAAGAAGUGGUGGCAGCGAUAGGGACAGGGACGCCUCGCCCAGGAGACGCCUUAGAAGACAGUCCACCACAACCACCGGUGGAGAAACUAGACGCAGCUCGAGAGCUCCAAGGUCACCGGAUUCAAGCUCGACCUGCUCGUCACGCGACCCGUCGCCGAAAGCACCUCCGAUCAGGCGACAGUCGACCACAGAGGAAAUCCUGAUCGCCAGGGGUUUCAGACGCCAGAGCACGACGGAAGAAAUGAUUCGCUGCCGGAAUUUUCGGCGCCAGUCAAGCCAGUCUGAUGAAUUCACGCGCAGCAGGGGUCGUCGAGAUUCCUGCGCUCAAAUCACAGAUGGCACCCUCGCCACCAUGACCGUCGAGACGACCAGCACGUUUUUCGACUCGAGCACCCAAACAGAGCCGUCGCCGCUGUACGACAACAACCACUACCACGAGGAAUGUUUGCGGUGCAACUCGUGCGGCCUGAAUCUGACCGGACCUAAUCAGAAGCGCGCGAGGCGUUUCAAGAACCAAAUUCUGUGCGACCUGCACUUUGCCGACGUCGCCCUAAUGGAGUGUUCAGACUUCAUGCAGCAGCUGCGCUCCUUCAAGCCGCAGAGCCUCGGAUGCGCCGUCGCCCGCAGAAAAAGCUCCACCACCCUCAUCUUCCCCCUACCCCCGCAGGCCUGCUCAGAUGAGUUCUGCGAAGAAUUCCCUCACAACCUCAUUCCGACACCCGGUUACUGGAUCGAAUGCUCGCGGCAAAAGAUCACGUCCGACACCAUUUGGGACGAGAGCGAGUCCGAGCACGAAAUCCACGAAGAGGAGGAGGACGAGGAGGGAAGCCGGGCGCGCCAGCGUCCCAUGGACAGCGGCCUGGGACAUUCGGAGGGCGGCGAGAGUUCCAAGCGGCGGGACAGCGCCGACACGUGCGGCGACAAGGGUUUGGAAGCCGAAGAUUCGGCGGUCGUCGACCUGGACGAGGAAUCGCCGCACAAGAAGACGGCCAUCGAGGACCAGUGGGAGAAAAACCAGUGCUUCGAAUUGACUUCGGUUGAGCAGGAGACGUACGAAAAGUACUUCUACGGAUCCGAGCAUUGGAACUAUUUCACCAACGACGAGGACCUGGGACCAGUCAUCCUCAGCAUCAAACAGGAGACUCUCAAUGGAAGGGACCAAUUUAGAAUUCUGGUGCGAGCCAUCAGCUACACGGUGCACGGCCUGAUCCCGGCGUCGUGCGUCUUCGCCGACCGCUACAACCGAGAGGAAGUGGUUCGAUCGCUCGGCAAGGAGGUCAACCUCAACCCGCCCCUCACCCUAGGACAACUGCCCGACACCCCUGAGGAACUGCUCAAAUUAGAUCAGGUUUUCAUCAAGUCCGAACUGAAAGUGGGUGUCAUCUACGUGAAAGAGGGCCAGUACACGGAGGAGGAGAUCCUUGAUAACAACGACAACACGCCGCUCUUCGAAGAGUUCCUCCAAAUCCUUGGCGACAAAAUGCGACUGAAAGGCUUUGACAAGUACAAGGGCGGGCUCGACACGGUCCACGACUUGACUGGUCUCUAUUCAGUGUACUCAAACUGGCGAGGCAUCGAAAUCAUGUUCCACGUGUCCACCCUGCUGCCUUAUGAAAAACAUGACCCACAAAAGUUGCAACGGAAGCGGCACAUCGGCAAUGAUAUCGUGUGCGUGGUGUUUCUGGAGGCAGACAACACCAACUUUUCGCCGGCCUGCAUCAAGAGCCACUUCCUGCACACGUUCAUCCUGGUGCGGACGAGUCCCCGGAUCAAGCGACGCCCGACCAGAUACGAGGUGUCUGUGGUCACCAGGGACGAAGUCGGCGCCUACAAGCCCUACCUCUGGGAGCAGAGCGUCUUCGACAAGGGGCCCAUGUUCCGAGAGUGGCUGCUCACCAAGAUUGUCAAUGGCGAACGCGCCUCCUACUCGGCACCCAAGUUUGCACGCAUGCAGGAACGCACGAGAAGCCAGAUGCUUGAGGACAUCGUGGCCAACCUGCAAAACCACGCCGAGACCGGUCAAAUUCCAAAACCGUACAGACGUGGUUCAUGGCGGCCAAUCGGUCACAUGCGACCGUCCAGUCCGCUGUUGGACUCGGUGCGUGACCAGUUCGAGGACUACGACCAGUUGGCCAAAGACUUUACGCGUUUCUUUUUGAACACCGAGCCAAACAACAACGCCAUGAUGUUUGAUGUUUCAUUCAUGGUCGGCCAAAGCAAGCAGAAGGUGCGGUUCAUUGGCGUCAGGGCCAUCCUGGGUGUUCGAAGCAGGGUGUUUCAGGAAAUCCUUUAUGGAAUUUCAACGGGGUUUGGCUCACCGCAGGUGCCGGUGGCCGAAAUCCUCGCCAGAGCCGUUCCUUCCCUCCAUAGUCCACAGAAGCCCAAGAGUAGCAACUUCCUUCAAGUGCCUGACAUAGAAACCCCUAGGCCAAAAAGUGUGCCAAAUUCACCGAUGGUAAAGCGUGCCUUCUCGCGGCUGGGGACCCUGACGGCAGGUUGGGGACGCAGCAUCCGCAAGCAACACAGCAGCAGUUCCUCCUCCAGCCAGCAGGGCACGUCGGCGAGCGGCGCGGCGGCCAACCUUUCGGUCGAGGACCGCAAGAAGUGGAGUAGCUCGCAGGACUGCUCAAACAAAGACGGCAAGGACCACAGUAAGGGCAGCAAAGACGGUGUCCCUCAAAUAGCAGUGCCUCGUCUCUCCGUGUGUGCCGACGCACAAAAAGUCGACCGCGCAAAACUAGCACAAACCGAGUUUUCAGUCAUUGAGUUCGACCCCGAUACGUUUCGCACCCUUCUGGACUAUUUGCACACGGGCUCGUGCCCUCUGACGUGUUCCAACAUCCCUGGCCUCAUCUGCGCCGCUGAGCACUACGACCUGCCCGAGUUGCUGCAAGCCUGUUUCCACCACGCCAAGCAGUUUUUGCGAAUCGAAGUUGUUUGUACCAUGCUUUGCUCGUUGGAGAAUUACUACUGGAGGUACACGUCGGCCUCGGAGCUGGUCAACAUGAUUCUCGCGUUCGUCGAGACAAAAGCUCUUCAGCUUUUCCAAAGCCCCGACUUCCUCAACCUGUCGGAAUCAAUGGUGCAAAUGAUCAUGUGCCGCAACCUGGAGGUGCCUGAGGUGCGAAAAUUCGAGGCCAUGCUGAUGUGGGCAAAGCACAGGAUCAAAACCAGAACUAGCUCAAAAGUUGACGCCAAACUCGAGUUCAAGUGCACCAUGGAACGCCUUGCCAGGGACCUCAAACUGUACCGCAUUUCACCACAAGAGUUGAUCAAGAUUGUUUUGCCGAGCAAGGCGAUUAAGAACGAGCGCAUCCUGGAGACGCUCAUGUUCCAGGCCAACUCAGGCAUGUACCGCAUCCAGGAGAGCUACCUCGAGGCGUGCCAGCAACGCCUACAGAAGCAGGACUCGCGCUUCAGCGAGUGGGAAUCAUUUGACUAUGGCUUAUGAGUCUGCACAGCCACUAUCACGUGUCUAAUACUGUUUGUGUGUAACGGAUUUUGUGCUGGCGGCUCCUCUUUUGUACUGGGGAGCAAUUAUAUAAGUGAAUGUCACAAAAAACACAAACCUGAGCGAUCAAUAAAUAAACUUCUAUGAGAAAUGUGAAAUGGGCGGCGCACUAGACAAAAGUGGAAAGAAAAAUUUAUGUUACAAAACAUCAAUCUUCGGCCUAUCAGGAAAAAAGUAUUGGCUGAAAAAUAAUCGAAAAAUGAUGGAUAUUGAUUAAUUUCUUGGGGGGAAAGAGACAAAAUUAUUUUUAUCAUGCUGAAGAGCUUAGUGGAACUUCAAAUUUGGCGGAAAUUAAAUUAAAUUAAGUGUAGCCCAUUUUUUGUUUUAUAAAACCAAGAUAAAUAUGAAUGAACUCGUCGCAAUUGAGACAGGGCGCGCUAUUUUUAUUCUAAAACUCUGAUCUCGGCGCUCUCGCAGAUCACAUUACUGAUGUCAGUGGUUCAAUGGCUGUGCUAUGGUUAUUGUUGUGUUAGCCCCCCGUCGAUAAUCUCCAUGACAUUCUGCGCAUAUGGUAUGGAGUACACCCUGCUCCCAUAAUUGUUCUGAAAUUCGCUGUUAUCUCCGCAUUAUUGUUUACCCACUUGAUUGGAACCUGUCCCCGGCGGCGAUAUAUUGUAUAAUAUCCUGGCUAUAUCUGGGAAAGGCCGUUCAAAUUUGCACACAAGAUGAUUAAAACUGGCCAAGGAUGAAAAAAUAUCGAUCGGUCUAUUAGCCAUCAGCUGCACGAAUUAAAUUUAGACCAAAACGUCUCAUCACCCUUGUUAGUCUGCUAUAAAACCAACUUCUGUAAAACGCGCAUGUAUUAUUUUAGAUGAAAUUAUUUAAGAUAAGUACCACAACAGUGUUUCUUCAGUGAGUUACUUAAAAAGGAAGCUGUUUGACGUGAUCCCUAAUUGUGAGUUUUAAAAUUUAUUUUACAAGAGCUUAAAAUACUGCGACAAUAAUGACUGCGCCAGAAUUUAAGAUUUUUUAUUUUUGUAUUUUAUUAUUAUUCAUAUUAAUUCUGUACAAUAUUAAAAACCUAAAUCUUAUAAUAUUUAUAUCUAAUUUUAAAACCAAAGCAACUUUAUCAGUGAAAACAUAAAAUAUAGUUUUUCUUAUUAUGGCCAUUAUAUCGCAGCCCACACCAAAAUUUGUUGAAAGCUCUGACCAUUAAAAUUAAUUUAUAAAUUAAUUAUCAAGAUAUGCCAGAUUACUCAUUGCUAGGGAUCAAGUCAAAAUUUCCUUUCGCAGAUUAUAUAUAUGAAAGAGACAUACACGGAAAAGAAAAAAUAUUUAUAAGAAUUGCUGUUUCUGUGAUACCUCCUCAAGAAAAGGUGUUUGCCUCUUAUGUCAAGUGUUACACGCUGUACGUUCAUCUAUUGAUUUUCGUUUUCCAGCAUGCAGUAUGGAAAAUAUUUCAAUAUUCGUGUUGUUUUUGUUGCCAAAGACUCGUUCAUUGUCCGAUAAAUAUCUCACAGUAAUUAUUGCAUUGUAUACAAGUCAUCUUUUUUUUUAAUAAUUGAUUGCUUGUGCGACACAUGUACGCAAGAGUAAGAAAUUCGAUCAUUGGUCAUUCUGUUCGUCGUUCAUGCUAUGUAUUCUGGGUAAACAAAAAUGAAAUGGAAGAGAGCGAGAGAGAAAAACGCGGAAUUGUUACUAAAUAUAGCUGUUAAUUGUGAUAGUUGUUUAAAUGUUGAAUUUACUACAAGAAGAAAACGGAACUAGUCACGUAAGGCAAAUCCUCACCGUGUAAGGAAGGGUAUAAAAUUUGAAAUGAAGAGUUAUAAAUUUUGUAAAACGGGCCCAGCAUUUACUCACAUAAACACAAACAUAUAAAUAUAUAAACACACAAAAGAAAAAGAAAACACUCACUCACACGCUGUUACGUCGAAAAAGCUGAGAAAGAAAAAUGGAUGAAACAAACCAGGCAACGCCAGCAGAUAUAUAAAUUUGCUUCACAUUUAAGUCUGACACAAAGAGAUGCUACUUACGUAGAAUAAAUUUUGCAAACUAAAGAAAGUAAAAAAAGAAGCGAGCGUUGGCGUUGCCACAAUUGUGCGCGCGGAGAUGAAAAGAUCAAGAAGAGAAAUGAGUUGAAUUCGGACGUAGCUGGGGCGAAACGAGAAGAAAUUUGCUGUAUAUCUUUCCGCGAGACGAGAGCAGAACGCGAAAUGUGUAUGUUACCGCGACUAUACUAAAUUUGUAUACAAGAGACGGAGAGCAGACGAUAUUAACCAGCAGCCUUUGUUCUAAAUGUAAUAAUUAUUGAUCGUUGCGCACUGCGAUGUACUUGUAUUAUAAAAACGGAUAUGUAUAUUAUAAAAUGGAGAACAUAAAAAAAAACAGCAUGCGGAAAAUGAGAAUUAUAUUAUUAUAUAUUGUCAUAAUUUACUACGUCAAUGCGAGAGAGAAAGAGAGAUGGACGAUUUGUAUUGUAAGGCGAGAGAAAUGCGGAAACUUUUCCACGGCAAAACUGCUCUGCUGGGAUGUACACACGGACACACUCACACACUUGUACCAUUAUGCAGCUGCUAAA